AUGUCACUCCCUCGGCUACUCCGCACCCCCUGCGCACGCGCUCUCACCUCGUCCACAUUCAAGUCGGAUUCAAUACGGCUACUGCCCUCGUAUAGACUGUUUUCCACAUCCUCGACGCGCCACAAGUCGCUGGUCACCGAUGAUGAUAUCUACUCCAAGCUGCCGGGAAUCGACCCGUCAAAGUUAGAGGUCACUAAGACCAUCACCCCCAAAGAGCUGGUACCGAAUAAAGACCUUGUGUUUGGGAGGACUUUUACCGAUCAUAUGCUCUCUAUCGAAUGGACUGCCUCGCAGGGCUGGCUGCCCCCUCGGAUAACCCCCUACCAAAACCUCUCACUAGACCCCGCGACCUGCGUGUUCCAUUACGCCUUUGAAUGCUUCGAGGGCAUGAAAGCAUACAAGUGCCUCAAGGAUAACUCGCUGCGGCUGUUUAGGCCGGAAAAGAACAUGCAGCGUAUGAAUAAGUCGGCCGCCCGCAUCGCGCUCCCCACCUUUGAGGGCGACAAGCUUGUAGACCUGAUCGGGAAGCUAUGCAAGCUGGACGAACGCUUCAUCCCCGGCGAGAAGGGAUACUCACUGUACAUCCGACCGACACUGAUUGGGACACAAAGGACGCUGGGCGUAGGACCACCGGGAUCGGCGCUGCUCUACGUUAUUGCCUCUCCGGUCGGACCAUACUAUCCCACUGGUUUCAAGGCUAUUUCGCUCGAGGCCACCGACUAUGCGGUGCGCUCGUGGCCCGGCGGCGUGGGCGACAAGAAACUGGGCGCCAACUAUGCGCCCUGCAUCGUCCCGCAACUGAAGGCGGCGAAGAAGGGCCUGCACCAGAACCUCUGGCUGUUCGGACCUGAGGAAUACAUCACCGAGGUCGGCACGAUGAACCUCUUCGUGUGCAUCAAGAACAAGGAGACGGGACAGAAGGAACUGCUGACGGCGCCGCUCGACGGGACCAUCUUGGAAGGCGUGACGCGCGACUCGGUGCUGGCCCUGGCCCGCGAGCGGCUGGAGCCCGAGGGGUGGAACGUCGCCGAGCGGUACGUCAAGAUGCAGGACCUGGCCGACGCCGACAGCGAGGGCCGGUUGAUUGAGGUGUUUGGCGCGGGCACCGCCGCCAUCGUGGCUCCCGUGCGCAACAUCGUAUGGAAGGACCGCGUGCUGCACUGCGGCCUGAAGCCGAACGAGGAGGCGGGCGAGGUGGCCAGCAGAAUGAAGGGCUGGAUCGAGGGCAUCCAGUACGGCGACGAGGAGCAUCCGUGGAGCUAUAAGAUUCCUGCCUAG